GCUUUUGGCAAACAAAUGCAACUAACGUUGUGUAGAACCUCUAGCGGACAUUAUUUUGAAAGCGUCAUAUCUGAGAGCAUUAUGAAAAAGCUCGUUCGAUACGCCAGGAUGGUAACGCCGGGUGACGACAUCGUCAGGUUACAAGUUAUAGCGGAAGAGGUCAACAAACUUUAUCAAGAAUAUAAAGAAAAACUACAGCCAGCAUUCACUGCGUCACUCGGUUAUCAGAAAGCACUACAAAAAAGCGAAGAUUUCUGCGCCAGUCAAGUGAGGCAUCUACUACAUCAUUUGGUUCCAUUACGAGUUCAGCUGACCAGCAUGAAACCUGUUACACAAAGUAGAAAAAACAAUACACAAGAUCCAGUUGUUGCAAAAGCGGCUACAGAGUUGGACUCGCACGCUGCCGAACUUGAAGAUGCCAUCAGGCUUAUCAGGCGAAACCUGCCGGCGCCGCCUGGAAAAUAUUUGUAUUUCGUUUUAGGCUCUGUGAGUGUGGCAAUGCGUAGCAACAAACUGAAACUCAACUACAAGAUCGAAUAUGAAAAUUUUAAGUUAGUUGUGACGUGCGCUUUGCUAGCUCUGUCGGUAAUUUGUCUACUCCGGGGUCCAGGAACUCGUUGGGACCCUGUGCUGAUGUUUGGGCUCGUCUGGUUUUACUGUACACUAACCAUUCGGGAAUCAAUCCUUAAGGCCAAUGGAUCUAACAUCAAAGGAUGGUGGAGGCUGUACCACUUUUUGGCAACAGGAUUAUCCGGAGUAACUGUUUUAUGGGCUGACAAGCAGGGGUUUCAACUGCAUCUUCGCAGCUGUUUCUUGACGUACACUUGCGUGAUGCUGGUAGCUCAUCAAAUGCAAUAUCGAUAUCAGGCCGGAACGUUGUAUAGGCUACAGGCAUUAGGGGCUACGCCGACCGGCAAUUCCGACGUAGACCCUAUGGAGGUCAGUGUCGAAGGAGUCCAUUCGCUAUUAGUCAAACCAAUGCUAAGAGAUUUCUUCCUUCUGAUGCCUUUCCUCUACGCGGUUUACUUGCUGCAGCUUCUGAUGCUCUACCUCGUCGUCGAACUCAUUUCUUCGAAACCUGAAUCGGCCACUUGGCACGCGGCAUCGGCGGCCGUAUUUUUCGGAGUGAUGUUCGUGGGCAACGUGUACAACACCACUAAAGCAAUCUAUUCGAAAUAUCAAUCUUUUCGUCCUGAUCCGCUGCAUCUCAUCAGAAAGUUUACAUCGUGUUGAUUUUUUACGCUAGAGAGAAAUUAGAAGGAGCUCAGCCGUAGAGAAAAAACCGCGGAAAACUCUUUGGCACAUUCAUGAUUGAAAAUCGAAUUUUGGGCCAGCCAAUAAAAAGGCAAUAUUUAUAAUGCCGAAUAAGGCAAAUUCA